AGCGGCUCUCUCGCGCUGCUCAGUGGUCUCGCGUGCAUCGAGCUGAGUGUAUCGUUUUUGCGUCGUCCUCUCGUUCGCGAGGUGUUCCGGUCUCCCUGCACUACGUAUUCAAGCCGUCUCUUCCGCGGAAAUCGGGAGAGCACGAUCAAGCUUGGGAAAGCGCCCCGCUUUCAAACCGCUACCCGGCCACGUGAGAUCCGGUCUCGGGAGGACGGGAAAAUAUGAGCAUCUCGUGAAGUCGAGAGCAGUGGAGUUUUUCAUCCGGCAGAGGUUAUCAUGGAAACUGAGGAACUCACCAGACUCGUCGACGAGAUCUACAAGAAUAUUCUGGACAAGUUUAAUCCUGGCGCCAGGCAGCUGAUCAACGCGGGAAAGGCAUAUCUGAAGGCUCUUCACGGCGCUGCGGCGGCUUCACGUGUCUAUGUCGAUGCUUUGUCCCGAUUAGCUCGUCAAGCUCAAUUGGGAACAUGGGGCGGCUCGAAGGAUGUGGGUUUCGCGCUGAUGAGGAUCGUCGAGGUGUACAAGGAGAUACAGGAUCAGGAAAUGAACAUCUUAAAAGCAUUCUACGUGGACCUGCUAGUGCCUCUGGAGACCAACUUGGAGAAGGACACGAAAGUUGUCCAGAGCGAGCAGAAAAAAUUUCUUCAGCAACACAAGACCAGAUCCGAGACCUACAGCAAGGCGGCCGCGACUAUGAAGAAGCAACGGAAGAAGUCUAGGGCCGCCAAUAAGAGCGGCCUUGCCAUGGACAAGGAGCUGAAGAAUAUGCAGAUUCUCGAGGAGGAGAAGACCAAGCUCGACGCCUUUUGCGAACAGAGCUUGAAGAACGCGAUGACUCAGGAGCGACGACGAUACGGUUUCGUGCUGGAGCGACAAUGCUCCUUGGCGAAGCACUAUGCGAGUUUUCAUGAGGUUGCAUUGGCCGCGCUUCAUCCCUCGGUUGAUAAAUGGCGCGAGGUCGCCGCCACGAGGGAAUAUUUGCCCCAGUCGGUGGAGGACAUGUUCGCUUCCAGACUCAGGCAAACGUCGUUCUGGCCGGAAGACGAGGAGAACGGUGGCUCCGAACCGACGACGAUGAGUUCGCAGCUGCGAAAAACCAGGAGCAUGGACAGCUCCUGCCUGGAGCUGCGACUAGGCCCGCUGUCCGGAAAUCCGCCGUCAUCUGCCAGCCAUCUUGGUCCAUCGUCGCAUCUCCCCGCAGUCCUCUCUAGAGCGAGGUCGGAGGCCAACCUACACGCCUCGACAUUAUCCCUCGGUCCCGAGGUUCCAGAGACCCCACCCCGGCCUCGGUCCAUGGCGCCCCCCGCGUCCCGCAGCAGCGGCGGCGGCACCGGAGUCAGCAUCGGGGGUUGGGACGCGCCUCUCGCUAGGGCUCUGUUCGCCUAUCUCAGCUCGGGGGAGAAUCAGCUGAGCUUUCUCGAGGGUGAUCUCAUCGCUUUGAUGGGAGACCGUCAGAAGGGAUGGCAGUUUGGCGAGAACCUCCGUACUCAAAGCACGGGAUGGUUUCCCCUGGCGUACACCGAGAUUAUAAUCGAUGACACUUUGGGAUCGCCGAGCCACGCAGCAAGCAAUGGUAGGACUCCGGAGCCGCAAGCGGUGCCGCCGUGCAAACCGCCCCCGUCUCGACCGCCUCUAACUCCAGCCAACAUCGACGAGUCAUCCGUGGGUAAUACCGGUGCCGGGAAUAGUUCCGCCAACAACAUGAACGCCAACAACAAUAGUAGCAACGCCGGCACGCCAGUUAACAACGCGAAUGUCUUGGCGACUCCCACCGCGCGCCAAUCAAAAUCCAUCCGUCCAUCGGGCACGCUGCCCGCGGUAUUAGCCGGAGGGCGAAGGGUGCAACCGCCGGUGCCUCCCGUGCCACCUCCGGCAAUGACGUCUCUUCACAGCAGCAACGACAGCGGCUUCUCCAACGAGCCCCCGGUGCAGCCUGACGUCGAUUACAGCGACGACGAGGCAAUGAGACAACGGCGCCGGAAGCCGCGCAGCGGAGGGGAUCGUCCGUCCCCGAAGGACGAGAAGCAACCGAAGGACAACUGGGAGAACGACUCCUGGAAGACGAUCCCGCGGACGGACGACAAGUCCUGGCAGCUGUAUCGCACGGCGAUGGACCUCUGGGCGGAGUCCAAGGUCAAUAAGGCGGGCGAGGACUCGAAAAAGUACUUCGAGAUGGCCAACGGCGACUUCGCGCUGGAGAACGGCGACGUGGCGAAGAAGAAGAAGAGCAAGCAAUCGGCACAGGCGCCGAGCGAGCGGCCCAGCGCGAAUCAGCGCACGAAGAUGACGAGCGAGCGCGACGCCCAUUUCAACAACCGUCGCGGCGAUCAGCGGCGCGUCGACAAGCGGACGCAGGCCGAGACCGAGGAAGAGGAGGACGAGGAGGAGUUCAGCGCCGAGUAUCGCGGCAAUAAAUUCUACGCGGACGAUCAGGAGACUCAGCAGGAGCAAAGGAAGGGGGGGCACAAUUUCGAAACGAGCAAGUACGGCAAGUCCUCGAGCUCGUCGUCGGAAUCCGACGACGAGAGCACCAUCACCAUCCCGGAACCGGGUCGCAAAGUCGAGCACAUCACGCAGAAGCUCGAGCAGACCGCGCAGAAGUACGCGCGCGAGCACAGUCCGCCCAAGUUCCUCGAGCGGCGCGAAAGAGCGAGCGCGGCGGAGUACAAAAGUCUGGAGAGGGAAGCGGCUUUCUCGCGCGAUCGUCACGAGAGAGCCGGCGCGGAGUACAAGAGUUUGGAGCGCGGUCGGAAUAGCGGGCAGAAAGACGCGGAGCGACGCGAGGAGAAACGUUCGCGGGACGACAAGCGCGCGCGCGACGACAGGCGCUCGCUCGAGCGAGGCUCGCGCGAGGACAAGCCGAGCUUCGAGCGCUCGCGCGAGGACAAGCAAAGCUUCGAGCGCGCAAGAGAGGAGAAGCAGAACUCGGAGCGCAUGAGAGAGGACAAGCAGAACUACGAGCGCUCGCGCGAGGACAAGCAGCGGUUCGAGCACUCGAAGGAGGACAAGCAGAGCUUCCAGCGGCCGCGCGAGGAGGCGCAAUCGUACGAGCGGGCCCGCGCGACCAGGCACGAGCUGGAGCGCGCGUACAUGGAGCAGCGGAAGGAGGCGAUGGGUUACGAGCGAACGUUCGAGAAGAAUCGCAACAGGACGGUCGAGCGAUUGUCCAGUCGGCGCUUCGAACGGCCGCGACCGCCGUCGCAGGAGGCCCCGGAGCGGCCGAUGGGACCUUAUCGAGAGCGCAGAUACUCCGACAAGGAGGAGGCGAUUUACGGAGAGGCCGAGCGUUACGGGGCGGGCUCGCUCGAGCGAGAUCGCGGCUACGAGUCGAACUUCGAAACGAAACUGGAGAGAUCGAAGAUAAUCGAAAGACACGGUUACCACGCGGGUCUGCACGGUGCGAGUCUACAGAAGCGGGGCUCCAUGCCUCGCGGUAACGAGCAUAGCAAUGGCGAUACUAACAACAACACGCUCAAGAUGGAGCGGAAGCUUCUGCUGCCGCGUCAGUCGACCGCGAUGGGACAUCUCGCUCAAACCGGACGAGCUUUCGACGAGCCGAAGAGCCCGAAACUGGUGAAGCGGACCAAGUCCUUCUGGAAAUUCCGCCGGGACUCGGAGGUUCUGGAAGGUAUGGCGCUCUGGCAGCAUCGCUCGCUCGUGGACAUUCCAAAAAUGAUUCGCAAGGAAGGUAGAACGGCGGAGAAUCCGAGCAGGCAGCGGAGCUCGGAGGCCGACAGUCCGAAUUCGAGUCUGGGGGGGAACAGCGAGGGAACCAUCACGAACGAGCACCGGCACGAGGAGCCGAAGGCCGCCGAGAGGAGCCAGCCGCCCGACAAGACGGAUUACUUCGAGGAUUUCCCGACGCCGGCGGAGAGGUCGAAGAUCGCGGACAGGUCGGAGUACAAGAUGCAGCAGCAGCAGUCGGAGGAGCGCGCGUACUUCGUCGGUAACGUGUCGCGGAAGGCGAUUAUCGAGAAAGAACGUAGGCGCAGUCUCGAGGCGAAGCGCAACAUGAUCGUCGCCGAACUGAAGGUGAAUAACGAGAGCAAACGAAGUGAGAUGAUGGCGCGCGACAGGAGGAACUACGACGACGACGAGCCGGCGACGCUGAAUUUCAGCGAGACGGAGGCUUCCGACGAGGAGUCCACGUACAGCUGCAUCGUCGUGAAGGACCAGAGUAUGCCGGAAAAAACGCUGCUGCCGAGGACCAAGUUGAGGAGAGAGUCCGAUCGUGACAGGAACACCUGCGGCCCUUGGUAUGAUCUCUGGGGCGCGGACGCGUCUGUCAAGAAAAAGAAGAAGCAGAAGCAGCAAUAGAGGAGCUGGAAAAUUGGCAAAAUCUCAACGCUACGGAUAUUGAAUUUAAAGAACGGAAGAAUGAAUGUGUCUAUUUGGUAUGAAGUUUGUGCGAGAGAUCAAUUCACAAAUGACGGUCACAUGGUUAUAUCAUGUGAUUAGUUUUUCCAUUCAUUUACGAAAUGUUGAGAUUGAUUUUUUCAUCGAAUCUCAUAUCCGAUUUCUUGAUUUUUGUAUUAUAAUUUUUAAGGACAAAAGGUUCUACGCUUCGCAAAAUUCGUAACUUGAAACAAGAGAAUUUAACAUAGUUUUCAAGGUCCAUCUUCAUACCAAAUAAAUACGGGAGCUUUCCAGCAAAGAACAUAACCGACAUAAUGUGAUUUUCCGCAAUGACAUAGCUAAAAAUCAGAAUCGAAAAUUUUUUCGCAGUCAAUUUCAGUAAUUUUUAAAUUUUAUCUAGCACCAAAUAGUCUU